UGUUGUUGAGUGAUGUGGGUAGGGGGUUUGAUGUGGUAACUUUGGUUUCAGAGCAGCAGAAGAAAUGUCUUUUGCUAGUUAGGGUUUUGGUUAAUUCCCAACGCUUUCCUUUGUCAUUGAGUCCUUGGACAUUAAGUGUAGAAAUUGUGAUGAGAUUUUUGAGAUUGUUUGUUGUUAAAGAUGAUUUGGUUAUAGAUUUUAUAGUUGUAGUUGGUGGAAUAGAUGUAGAUAGGGAACUUGUUGA